AUUAAUUAAUAAUAAAAAGGAAAGAAGGCAUCCAAAUUAGGAUUUCCCGGGAACAAAGAUCCUCCAUCAAUGCAUGUAUCUUUCCUCUGGCAACAAACAAUCAGCAAGAAAAUCAAUUGACGCCAGAGAAAAGCCCAUACUCAAACCCAAAUCAAUCCAUCCCCAGGCACAAACAAGCCCUUCUUCUUCUUCUUCUUGUUCCACAUGAUCAUCAUCUCUUGAUCUCUCCCAUCGGUACGUACCAUGGUUCAUCAAUGAAGAAGCUCUUGUUUCCAACAUCCUUGAGAAAACGAACGGAAAAGAAACCCUAGCAAGAACGUACGUACGUAGGCGUAAUCUAAGUAUAAUAUGUUCAUCCCCAUUACCAUGCAAAUUACGGCACAAGCAUUAUGGAUCAAGCGAAGCGCCUCCUCUGUACCCGCGACCUAUGGAACCCUUUCAAUACCACAUUUGUACAGACCUGCGGCAUGCUCCUCGUCUCCCAGAUCUUCCACGUCAUCCUCAAGCCCUUGGGCCAGCCCGGCCCCGUCGCACAAAUUCUGGCAGGAUUGGUGCUGGGGCCGUCGCUGCUGUGCAAAAUCGAGCGGGUGCGGCAGAUAUUCAUCCAGCCGGCGUUCGAGGCGUACAGCUUCCUCCUCCUCUUCGUGUUCCGGAUCCUGUUCAUGUUCAGCAUCGGGCUGGAGGCGGACCUGCCUUACAUGUCGAGGAACAUGAAGCGGAUCGGCGUGGUCGCGGCCUGGAACCUGGGCGUGUGCGGCGCCUUCGGAGCCGCGGCUUCCUUCUUCGUCAUCUACCUCCUCAAGGUGGCGUCCCACAGGUUCGCCUUCGCCAUCAUCAUCAUGAUCAUCGUCGCCAGCACCGCCUCCCCCGUCGUCGUCCGCCUCGUCGCCGAGCUCAGGUUCGACACCGCCGACACCGGCAGGCUCGCCAUCUCCGCGGCCUUGUUCAUCGAGCUCUUUUGCAUCGCCUGGUACUCCACCUACCUCGCCUUCAGUGCCGGGAACAUGUUUGGCUUUGCACUUGUUUGCAUAGUCGGGACUGGGAUCGUCGCCUACGCCAAUAGAUUCAUGGCGAUGUGGUGCAACAAGAGGAACAGGAACAUGAAGUUCGUGCCGGGCACGGAGAUGUCGGCGAUCCUCCUCCUCGUCAUCCUGCUCUCCUUCAUGAUCGAGAAGCUAGGGUUCAACAGCAUGAUCUCCUGCUUCCUCGUCGGCGUGGCUUUCCCAAGGGAAGGCAAGACCACAAGAACGUUACUUCAUCGCUUGACCUACGCGGUCAACAACUUCAUCCUCCCCAUCUACUUCGGCUUCAACGGCUUCCGGUUCGACGUCAACUACCUCAUCAGCGUCAGGAACUGCAUCGUGGUUGCGCUGGUCAUCGUGCUGGGAAUCGGAGGGAAGAUCAUCGGGACGCUCUGCGCUUGCCAUCACUUGAACAUCCCCAGGAACGACGCCGUCGUGCUUGCUUUCAUUCUCAACUUGAAGGGCCAUGGCGAGCUUCUUGUCAUUGAGGCUUUCUCCAGGUCAGAUACAUGGUGGGACGACAACACGCACAAGCUGGUGAUCAUCAUUGUGGUGAUCAACACCCUAAUCGCCGGUCCAGUAGUUUCCUUCAUACUCAGACGCGACGCCAAGUACUUCGCCCACAAACUCACCUUCUUGGAAUUCCUCGACCCUGAGAAGGAGCUCCGCUUCCAGCUCUGCGUCUACGAGUCCCGCCACAUCACCUCCAAGCUCGGCCUCAUCGCCUCCAUGACCGGAUCCAACCGCUCCCCUACCGUCACCUACCUCCUCCACCUUGUCGAGCUCCAGAAACGACACCGCCGAAAGAAAAAACUCAUGUACCACCAGCUUCAGCAUCAGGACGGCGACCAGUUCAGCGACGACGACGAGUACGGAGGUAACGACAUAGUCGAGAUCAACGACGCCGUGGACGCGUUCACAACCGACAGCAAGAUCCUCGUCCACCAGAACAAGGCCGUGUCUUAUUUCCCGAAAGUGUACGAGGACGUGUGCUCAAGCGCGGAGGACCUGCGGGUGUCGAUCGUGUUCCUGACGUUCCACAAGCACCAGCGGCUGGACGGGAAGCUGGAGAACGACAAGGACGGGAUGAGGAUCGUGAACCAGAAGGUGUUGCGCCACGCGCCGUGCUCGGUGGGGAUAUUCGUGGACCGUGGGCUCACUGGGUUCCAGCUGCCGAGCCCGGAGCUGGCCCAGAAUGUGGCUACAUUGUUCUUUGGUGGGCCCGACGACAGGGAGGCCCUGGCUUGUUGCAAGAGGAUAGCCAUGCAUCCUUACGUGAACUUGACGAUUAUUAGGUUUCUGUCGUCGGGCCAGCCCAAGAAGAAGGAGGUGCAUGAUAGGAACGGUGAGGACGAGGAGCAGCAUAUUUCGAUCUGCAGCUAUGAGGUGGACAUGGCCAUAGAUAAUGUUUUCAUGGAGGAUUUUUGCAACCGAUAUGUGACGUCAGGAAAGGUGAAGUACGUGGAGAAGAGGACGGAGAACGGAGAGCAAACGGUGGAGAUACUGAAAGAGAUAGGAGAAAUGUACUCAUUGUUCAUAGUAGGGAAAGGCGGGCGGGGGAAUUCUCCGAUGACGACGGGAAUGAGCGAUUGGGAGGAGUGCCCGGAGCUAGGGGCCGUCGGCGACAUUCUGGCUUCUGCGGAGCUUAAUUUGGGUGCUUCCGUUUUGGUCAUUCAACAACAUAGAAGUGCUACUGAUGGGCAUGAAGAUAACGAGAAUCCCGUUCUAGAUGAUGGCGAUUAAUGAUAUAUAUGCCCAUGACGAGGAUUAGUGUUUUUUACUUUCUUCCCUUUUCAUCAUCCAUUUUUUUGUUGGAUUUUUCAUCGAUUGUUAAUGAAGUAGCUUAAGUUUAAUUAGGUUAUAGAUUAUACGGUAGUAGUGUAAGUUUGAAUUCGGGUAAAUAAAAUGUUUUUUCUUAAUAAAAAUUGAAAAACGUUAGACAUAAACCACUACAUAGAGAAGUCAUUCUACAAAAUCCAAUGAAACUAACUCUAAAGAGAA